UCCGCCGACUGGAAACACGUUCACGCUGUAAGUUUCGGUUUAACUCGCCGGUAUCUUUGGCUUGGACUCGGGGUGUGUGAAGCCCUUUUAUUCGCUAAAAUGUCGGAGGCCCUGCUGCAGUGGUGUGUGGACCAGCUGCACCACAAGUUCGGGCUGGAAGCGAGCGAAGACAUCGUCCGGUACAUUCUAUCCAUUGAAAAAGCUGAAGAGAUCGAGGAAUAUGUGGGAGACCUCCUGCAGGGCACAGACGGGAGAAAAGGGCAGUUUAUAGAUGAGCUCCUCAGCAGAUGGACGAAGACACAAAGACAGGCCACAGAUACCGGAAACCUUUUCUCUCUGAGAGAAUCUGUUUCAUCAGCAGAUACCCAAGACAUGACCAAAGAUACUCAGAAGAAGUCCAAACGCAAGGGGCGUAACAAACAGGAGAUGAUGACUGUUAGCCAAACAGAACCGGAGCCAGAGGCAGUCAAAACCCCCAUUGAUCUGAUGAGGGCCCAGGCCCAGGAAAACAGCAACACGUCUUCAACGAAAAAGAAAACUAAGUUUGUGAAUCUCUAUGCUCAAGAGGGUCAGGACAAGCUGACUGUCUUACUCCCAGGGCGAAACGCCUGCGACUGCCUCGCCCAAAAACACAAACUUAUCAACAACUGCAUCAGCUGUGGCCGCAUUGUGUGUGAGCAGGAGGGCUCAGGACCCUGCCUCUUCUGUGGAAACCUGGUUUGCACCAAAGAAGAGCAGGAGAUCCUCCUACGAGACUCCAACAAAAGCCAGAAACUCAGAAAGAAGCUGAUGGGAGACGGAGAAAGAGAGUAUCUCCCUCGCCAAGAGGCUAAGAUGAAGGCCGGGUUGGAGAAGGCUCUUCAGCACAAAGACAAACUGCUGGAGUUUGACAAAAACAGUGUCAGGAGAACGCAGGUUCUGGACGACGAGUCCGAUUACUUUGCCACCGACUCCAAUCAGUGGCUGUCACCCAGUGAGCGAGAAAAGCUGAAGAAAAAGGAAGAGGAGCUUAGAGAACUGCGUCAUGCCUCUCGUAAGGACAGAAAAAUCACACUGGACUUUGCUGGCAGACAAGUGAUCGAUGAGGGGAACAACCUGAACGAGUACUACAACAAGUUGGAUGAGACCCUCAAGGCUAUGAACAAUGACUCAGUGUCGAAAUCACCAAUGCGUUCUGACAGAAAAGGUGGGAAGCAGAGUCUGGGACAGCUGGUGAACCCCAACAUAAUGCAGUCAGCACCAGAGUUUGUAGAUGUCGGAGGCGGUGAAAGCCACAGGAGACCAUUGGAGCCGGAAAAGAGGUCAGCGGAGGACAAGGGAGCAGAAGAACGUUCCAGGUUGCGACUCCAAGACAAGGAGCUGCAGGAGAUGUCUGAUGGGGGCUGGUGCCUCAGCAUGCACCAGCCGUGGGCCUCCCUGCUGGUCAAAGGCAUCAAGAGGGUAGAAGGGCGGACCUGGUACUCAUCACACCGCGGUCGUCUUUGGAUUGCAGCCGCAGCCAAGAAGCCCACCCCUCAGGAGAUCGCUGAGGUGGAAGCCAUGUACCGCCACAUCUACAGGAAAGAACCCAGGUUUCCUAAAGAUUAUCCCACCGGCUGCUUGUUGGGCUGCGUCAACAUGACCGACUGUCUGUCUCAGGAGCAGUUCAGACAACAGUUCCCUGAUACCUGUGAGGAGUCUGCUUCUCCAUUCGUCUUCAUCUGCACCAACCCCCAGGAGCUGCUGGUGAAAUUCCCCAUGAAAGGGAAGCACAAGAUCUGGAAGCUGGAGAGUCAGUACCACCAGGGUGCCAAGAAGGGGCUGGUCCCGUCAGCUGCAGAGUGACGCUGGAGGAAGACAAACCGUCUGAUCUCACGGGAACAUGGCAAAUUAUGCUUUCUUAAAAAAAAAAAAACUCUUUUCCACUGGGUUGUCCCAACAUUUUAUCAGGAGUUACCGUUGCUGACAUAUGACCAGCACCAGCCAGGAAAAUCGCUUCAAAUCACAAACUUGUGGAAUCAUUGUGACAAAUUUCUACAAUAAAAAAAAACGAUUAAAAUUUGAUUUGUCAAAACGGACAA